AUGCAGGGUAGCUGGGCGACGUUGAAGAAGAACUGUAGGAACUUCUUCCCAGGGCUCGCACUGUUUGCCAAACAGACACAGGAGGCAGUUGAUAUUUGGUUGCGCAUUUACAAUCGUCAACUGAAUUAUGGGCCCAAAGACUUUGUGGAGCAGAGCGAAACGUUCUCCCCCGACUACCACAAGCGCUUCCACUCACAAGAUAAGAACAUGUGGGUCGAUAUGGAGCUUAGUAAGGAGGUCUCCCAAGAGGAAAUAGCGAAGUUGAUGCGAUACAAGUUGGACAUGUGGCGCAUGGUGCAUUGCACUGGCUCUGUGCUUGUGAUUGGUGGCUACGCUCUCCCUUUGGCUCUCUUUUGGCUUGCGAAUGACACAUGGGUGCCAUCUGCUUUUAACUGUACCGCUGAGGAGCUCAAGGCAUGGCGUCAUGCUCAGGAUUUAUAUCGCUACCGCAGUAUUCCAUCCUAUUUAACCGACACCAAGUGGCACUUUGACUUUCACGCGUACCCGUGGAAUGAAACACAAGAGCGCGCAUGGGAUGACUUAUUUGAGAAGAACGAUGUCUGGCGUGAUCCGAAGUUGGUUCGCCAUGCCGCCGACAUGUACGACGGUUUUAUUAAGUUUGAACUCAUUCGUCGGAAGUCUUUACGUCAUCUUUGC